AUGAGGAGUGUAGUGCGACAGCGAGAAGGAAGCGCGGCGGAACGACGGCGGCUGGGAAGGAGCUCGAGCGACAGAUCAUCUGCUCAAACGAUGACGACGAGGAUGCUAGGAGGCACGACGGCAGCUGGAAAGGAGGUCGGGCGAUGGAGUCUCCGCUCCGACGUCGACGUUGAAGAAGAGAGGCUGGGAAGGAGCUCGGUUGUUGUCAAGAGGAAGAAGAAGUAG